AUGUCUUACACCACUACCAACCAACCAGUAAGAUCAGAUCCACCUCUCUCGGAUUAUGAGCUCAUUGAUGUCGACCCUCAUUUCACCAGAGUUGUAUCAUAUUUCAGAGGUUCCGACUAUGGUGUUUGGGCAGCCUCCGCUGUUGGAUUCCCAUUAGCGUUACAAGCAUGGGAAAAGUUAGAACCACAAGCAGGUGCUUUUAAGGCCCCAGGAAAGGUUCCAGGUGGUGCAUUGAGAACUGCCACUUUGUUGGGUGCCGUUGGUGGUUUUUACCUUGCCUACGUCAGAUCUUCUAAGAGAUUCUUGGGAUGGUCCGAAAACUCCAGAGAAGUCAAGAAGGACAGAUACGAAAUAAAAAAGUUGUUGUCGGAAGGAAAAUUGCCAUACCACGAGAACGAAUCCGUUUUGGAUGACAGAUUGAAGGACAUUGCCAACAGAAACUCCCAAUUCUCAUUCACCACCUUGGCCAUAUUGCCAUGGUUCAACCUUGCACGUCACCCAUACCACGGUGUCAAUAUCGAAAAAUACUACGUGGACAGACCUGGUGAAGAGGAAUGGAACUUGAAGUUGAAACCAUUUGAAGAAAUCAAAGCCAAAUUCGCCAAGAACAUAGAAUAA